UCCUGUCUGCAGUCGCAAAGCCAGCAACGCAAUCACACAGAAGAGACUCUCGGCACAACGACAUAGUGACUCGACAUAAUAGCGCAGACUGGCCUGAUACCGCAUCGUGUUUCUUUUUCUUCGUGCCGAUCGUCGAACUCUUCAUUCAUCGAUAUUACUGACAUCUAGACACUGCGGGCGAGGAGUGGGUUCGCAUUGGGUAGGAACCGAGAAGGAUUAUUGAUGUCCAGCUCGCCGCUGUCCAAGAAGCGUCGCUUGUCAGGAACAGAGACGAAGACGGGAUCCCACUGCUCCUCCUCUAACUCUGUCAGAACUGAUCUGUCCCACACACCUGCCAACGGCAUGGCUAAGAAUGGCAAUGAUGCUGAGAUCGACGAAGGCCUGUACUCCAGACAACUUUACGUGUUGGGCCAUGAGGCUAUGAAGCGAAUGCAGAACUCCUAUGUCCUUAUCUCUGGUAUGAGAGGUCUUGGAGUGGAGAUAGCCAAGAACGUCAUCCUGGGAGGAGUCAAAGGUGUCACUGUGCACGACCAAGGAGUAGCAGAAUGGAGAGACCUGUCCUCUCAGUUUUACCUUCGGGAGGAGGACCUGGGGAAGAACCGAGCGGAGGUGAGUCAGCACCGUCUGGCGGAACUCAACAACUACGUUCCUGUAACCGCCUACACCGAAGCCCUCACUGAAGACUAUCUGACCAAGUUCCAGGUGGUAGUGCUGACAAACUCCACUCUGGAAGAGCAGCAACAACUGGGAGACUUCUGCCACAACAAAGGAAUCAGUCUGAUUGUCGCAGACACACGUGGUCUGUUUGGCCAGUUAUUCUGUGACUUUGGUGAUGAGAUGUUGGUGUUUGACACAAAUGGAGAACAGCCGUUGUCUGCUAUGAUUUCCAUGAUAACCAAGGACAACCAAGGGGUUGUGACAUGUCUUGAUGAGGCUCGUCAUGGCUUUGAGAGUGGAGACUAUGUCACCUUCACAGAGGUCCAGGGUAUGACGGAGCUCAACGGCUGCCAGCCGGUGGAAAUUAAAGUUCUGGGUCCCUACACCUUCAGCAUCUGUGAGACAACUGGCUUUACAGAUUAUAUAAGAGGAGGAAUCGUUUCCCAGGUCAAGAUGCCCAAGAAAAUCUCCUUUAAAUCCAUCUCUCUCUCCAUUGGUGAACCGAAGAUCCUACUGGCAGAAUUUUGCCAGAUUGAGCAUGCCGGACAAACUGAUGUAGGCCUCCCGGCUAUUCAAUGCUUCCAGGAAGAAACACACCGCCUUCCUGCCCCUUGGAACCAGGCUGAUGGAGAUGAGCUAUUGACGUUAGCCAAAGAGGUGAACUCUGCUCAGGCGGGGUCAGCCAAAGUGGAGCAGUUGGAUGAAGCGCUUAUCAAAAAGCUGUCUUUUGUUGCUGCUGGUGACCUGGCUCCUGUCAAUGCCUUCAUUGGAGGUCUGGCUGCACAGGAAGUGAUGAAGGCAUGCACUGGAAAAUUUAUGCCAAUAAUGCAGUGGCUGUACUUUGAUGCCCUGGAGUGCCUGGCUGAAGAGGAAGGAGUCGAGCUCACGGAGGAAGAAUGUGCCCCAAGGAACUGUCGAUACGAUGGGCAGGUUGCCGUCUUUGGCACAAAGCUGCAGGAAAUGCUUGCCAAACAGCGCUACUUCCUGGUAGGAGCUGGGGCCAUUGGCUGCGAGCUGUUGAAAAACUUUGCCAUGAUUGGACUGGCAAGCGGGGACGGCGAGGUCAUUGUGACGGACAUGGACACCAUAGAGAAAUCCAACCUCAACAGACAGUUCCUCUUUAGACCCUCCGAUGUUACGAAAAUGAAGAGUGACACAGCAGCUGCUGCCGUGAAGCAGAUGAACCCGUCCAUCAGGAUCACAGGUCAUCAGAACCGGGUGGGCCCCGACACAGAGAGGGUCUAUGACGAUGACUUCUUUGAAAGCCUUGACGGAGUGACUAAUGCACUGGACAACGUUGAUGCGCGUAUGUACAUGGAUCGGCGGUGUGUGUACUACCGUAAACCCUUACUGGAGUCUGGUACUCUGGGAACCAAAGGCAACGUCCAGGUUGUGAUUCCCUUCCUCACAGAGUCAUACAGCUCCAGCCAAGACCCGCCCGAGAAGUCCAUCCCCAUCUGUACCCUCAAAAACUUCCCGAAUGCCAUUGAGCACACACUGCAGUGGGCCCGCGAUGAGUUUGAGGGGCUGUUCAAACAGCCACCAGAGAAUGCCCAGCAAUUCUUGUCAGAUCCUAAAUUCAUGGAGCGCACUCUGAAACUUCCCGGGGCUCAGCCUGUGGAGGUGCUGGAAGCGGUUUACAAGAGUCUUGUCACAGACUGCCCCCACAGCUGGGCUGACUGUGUAGCCUGGGCACGCAACCACUGGCAGUGCCAAUACAGCAACAACAUCCGCCAGCUACUGCAUAACUUCCCCCCAGAUCAGCUAACCAGCUCUGGUGCCCCCUUCUGGUCCGGCCCAAAGAGGUGUCCUCAUCCACUUGAGUUCAGCACUAGCAAUGAGCUGCACAUGGACUAUGUAGUGGCAGGCGCAAACCUCUUCGCCCAGUCAUACGGCAUGCCGGGCAGCACCGACCGUGCAGGUGUGAUAAAGAUCUUGCAGGAUGUUAAAGUGCCCCCCUUCACCCCACGCUCAGGGGUUAAAAUCCAUGUCUCAGACCAGGAGCUGCAGAAUAGCAAUUCCUCUGUUGAUGACUGCAGACUGGAGGAGCUGAAGGUGCAGCUACCGUCCCCAGAGACUUCCAACUUCAAACUGAACGCCAUUGACUUUGAGAAGGAUGAUGACACCAACUUCCACAUGGACUUCAUCGUAGCAUCAUCCAACCUGAGAGCAGAGAACUACGACAUUCCCCCCACAGACAGACACAAGAGCAAACUGAUAGCAGGCAAGAUCAUUCCUGCCAUUGCCACCACCACGUCCGCAGUGGUGGGUCUGGUGUGCCUCGAGCUCAUCAAGAUCGUCCGAGGACACAAGAAGCUGGAAUCCUUCAAGAACGGCUUCAUGAACCUGGCCCUGCCUUUCUUCGCCUUCUCUGAGCCCAUUGCUGCUCCCUCACACAAGUACUAUGACAACGACUGGACGUUGUGGGAUCGCUUCGAGGUUGCUGGCAUGCAGCCCAACGGCGAGGAGAUGACACUCAGACAGUUCCUGGACUACUUUAAAAAUGAGCAGAAGUUGGAGAUCACCAUGCUUUCUCAGGGAGUGUCCAUGCUCUAUUCCUUCUUCAUGCCUGCUGCCAAACUCAAAGAGAGACUCGACCUGCCGAUGACGGAAAUUGUCACCAAGGUGUCCAAAAAGAAGCUGGGCAAGCACGUGAAAGCCUUGGUGUUUGAGCUGUGCUGUAACGACCUGUCGGACGAAGACGUGGAAGUGCCCUACGUCCGAUACACCAUCCGCUGAGCUCCACGCUGAACCCACCCACAGGAGGGUGGGAAGUGCAGGAGGGACUGGGGUGGGCAUCCUAAUUGAGGAGUUGAGGUUGUGAUUGGGGGGGUGGGUGGGUUCAUCCAGGUCAGCUCUUUUGGAUCAAUCAGUUUUUGUUUUUUAGGCCUGGGUUUUGAUUAAGCCCGUGCCUGAGUGUACAUAGCCCCAGUAAGCGGAUUUAAGGAUUCUUGUAUGUGUGUUAGGGAUCCAGUUGUUGCUCGGCUGUGGGAUCGGGGGUGUCAUUGGCGGACGGGAGCACGUAUACAGGACCUCUUGAUGUUCCUCAGAAGCAAAAGCGCUCUGCUCAGUUUAAUUCUAAGCCUUAGUGUUCUCUUGGUACUCUUAAAUCCAGCUAGUGUCCCUCUGAAACAUCCUUAAACUCCACUAGCAUUCAGCUCUACAGGAGGGCUCUUUUUAAAACGGCAAAAACUGUCUCCUCGUCACUCUACUUGCUCUUUCUUCCCCCAACCCGUCUAGUAGGCCCGACGCUACAUGACUUUUCUUUUUCUUUUUUUCAAUGAUGCACCUCCUAAUUAAAAGACGUUCAGCUAUGAAUCCCAAACAUAGUGACGCGUCUAUUGAGAAUCUAUAACCCCAUGCCGCUGCCCCCAACUAUAUCCAAGACCCCAAAAUUGAAACUGUAGAAGCACCUGAAGACUCAGGUAGACCUGAGUCGACAGCCUCUCCUGACUGGAAAACAGCCCGACUAGUAGGAACCCUCGUUGUUUUGAGGCGCCCUUAAACCCACGUCGUCGCGCACUCGGCCUUCGGAGGGGCUCUUGCACAUGACCAGUUUUCUCAUUCUCUUAUUUCAUGUGUUUUGUUCAUUUCUAUUGUUUUGGUAGGGGAGGGGGGGGGCAGGGGGAAGGCUGAAAGAGUUUUGGCACACACCUUGUAGAUCGUAAAUGGUCUUUCUACUUUGUUAACUCCAAAUGACAAACGUGUAAAAGCAAGGUAAUGAGAUGAAAUGGGAGCACUUAGUGUGAUAGUGAAUAAACGUGUAAAAACACAA